AUGUCGGGUACGGGCGGAAGACAUGCGUACCUGGCGGCGAAGAGCGAGGCGGACAACUACAACCGCGAGCUGCAGCGCGAGCAGGAGGAGAUCGACACCGUCCCCGACGUCGAGGCCGCCGAGAUCGCGGACAUCCUGUCGCAGUACGGGCUGGGCCCCGCGGAGUACGGCCCCGUGGUCACCACCCUCCGAAACAACCCCAAGGCGUGGCUGGAGUUCAUGAUGAAGUUCGAGCUGGGGCUGGAGAAGCCCGAGCCCCGCCGCGCGCUGGUGAGCGCCGCCACGAUCGCGCUCUCCUACGUCGCCGGCGGCCUGGAGCCGCUGCUGCCCUACGUGUUCGUGCCGCGCGCCGAGCACGCCAUGGCCGUGUCCGUCGCCGUCACGCUCGCCGCGCUGCUCUUCUUCGGCUUCGUCAAGGGCCGCUUCACGGGCGACCGGCCGUUCCUCAGCGCCGUGCAGACCACCGUCGUCGGCGCGCUCGCCUCCGCCGCCGCCUACGCCAUGGCCAGGGCCGUGCAGUCCAUAUGAUCACCGAUCAUCAAGCAGCUAGUAAGCCUAUAUAUGUGCGGCAAGAAAAAAAAUAAGCGCAGCAAUGUAUACGUGGCUGUAUGUAUACGGUCACUGGUCAAGCUUGUAGCUGUGCAGAUGGCAACGAGUAGUGUAACUGUACUACUGCUGGUAGUGUAUUUUGUUUGCUGGUUGCGUGUAGUGUUCAAGUGACGUGGUGUUAGUGUUAUGUCUGUAAGGAGGUGUGGAUUAUUUAGGGGCGAAAUCAAGUGCGGCCUGCUGGGCUGCUGGGCUUUUGGAUCGAUUGUCAAUCUCAAUCCUGGUGCGGCAAAUGCAUGGCUGAAAUGGGCUGUAUUGAA